GUUACAGGUUACCAGUUACCAUUGCUCUGAUAGAUAGAGUUGCGUUCACCUGUGUGUGCAAGGUUGCCUGUUUUGUUACCUUUAAACUCUCCCGCAUUAUAUUCAGAUCCUGUCAGUGUGUGUGUUGCUGCUUCUGUUGCUGACAUCUGUCCUCCAUAAGCUAAAAGUGUUCGUCGGUGUGUCCUGUGUCGUCUACUUUACUCACAUCAGUGGUAGUCUACUCGGUUCAGUAUUUUAUAUAUACUCUACAAUAUCAUCAAUAUAACUUUGACCAACGUUUAGUCUACGGACAAUAAACUCGAUGUGAUCUCGUGGCAGAUGUGCAUUACACCCACUAGUCUUGUAUGUAUUUUAAGACAAGACCACCAAGUUUCAGUCUCAGUCUCAGUCAGACUCAGUCUUAAAAUCACCGACGACUAAACUGAAACACAAGAAAUUAAGUCUACAGAAUUGUUAUCAUUAUUUUUAAUAACAAGUUUUAUUUAAAUGCUGAUCCGCGUGUGCAAAUCCAAACAGUACGCAAAUGCUGACACUAAUUGCCGCACAAUAACAGGUGUGUAAGUGUGUGUAGGUGUUACUGGCUCUGACUGAUGAACAAUAUGGACAGAGAGCUGGAUCAGUGUGACAGCGACAAUUUGAAUGACAGUGAGGUCGAACGCAAAGGAGAAGUUGAGUUUCAUGACCUGAGGCAUCAUCGUAACAUGGAUUAUUCUGUUGAUCCUGAUACUGAGAGAGAUAUUGAACGCGAUCAAAAUAAUCACUCCGACAUACUGGACGAGAAGGUUGAUUACAAAAUGGGAAGAGACUUCCGUAAUUUGGGGCACCAUCGUGGUAUGGUACACAUACACAGCGGCAUUGAGCACUUGAAUAACACAGACGUUGAGGUUAAAUUAGCGAGAGAUGUUAGAGGUUCUCUGGGCCUUGGGCUGUCGCUAGAAUUGUGUGUCGUCUGCGGUGACCGUGCAAGUGGGCGUCAUUAUGGCGCGAUAAGUUGCGAAGGAUGCAAAGGUUUUUUUAAGCGGAGUAUCCGUAAACAACUGGGCUAUCAGUGCCGAGGAAGUAAAUCCUGCGAGGUCACUAAACAUCAUCGGAAUCGUUGUCAGUAUUGUCGGCUUCAAAAAUGCCUGGCAAUGGGAAUGAGAAGUGACUCUUGGGGUGUUACAGCGGUGCAGCAUGAGCGAAAACCGGUACUCGGUGAAGCAGCAAGCACUAAAUUAAGUAAUCGCAGUGCGAGAGUUAAACCAGAGCCUCAACAAUCAGCACCAGAGACAGCACCCAUUUGGGAGCCACCAGAAAGUCCAAGUGUCGAAGACCAAAGCAGUGACAGUGAUCUGAGUGAUGCAUUGACUCUGGCACGUGAACGUUUGCUCAUUUCACAUGCGCUUGAGGGAAUGGCUAAACUCAUUGGUGAUAGUGUAAACGGAUCCGAUGAGCCAGAGGAAGAGUGGACUGGCCAGCUUUUGUUUGAGCGGCACACAGUCUUUGAACUACGGGCACCUAGUCCAGCUCCAGCAUACUUAUCAAUUCACUAUAUUUGUGAGAGUGCUGCGAGGUUGUUAUUUUUAUCCGUUCACUGGGCACGAGGAAUACCCGCUUUUCAAGCACUCCCCUCGGAUGUUCAGACUUCUCUGGUACGAAGCUCAUGGGGUCAGUUGUUUACUUUAGGUCUUGCGCAGUGUGCAUACACUCUGUCGCUACCCAGUAUUUUGACGUCAAUUAUAAAUCACCUGCAGGCGAGCAUCGCUCAGGAAAAAAUAACAGCGAGCAAAGUUAAAUUGAUAACUGAGCACAUAUGCAGACUCCAGGAUUGCGUUAGUUCGCUUCAUAAAAUGCAGGUUGACUCAACGGAGUACGCCUACCUCAAGGCUCUGACACUCUUCAGUUCAGACAAUAUUCUAGCUGACGCCUGGCGUAAGAAGGUCGAAGUGCUGCAGGAAGCAGCAUGGAGUGAAUUACAACAACGAGUUGGAUCAGACCGACUACCUCGACUAUUACUAAGACUAGCUCCGCUUCGUGCAAUAAAUCCACGUGUUUUGGAAGAUUUAUUUUUCGCGGGUCUCAUUGGCAGAGUCAGCGUUGCUUCAGUCGUGCCUUAUAUACUUGGUAUGCAGGAUUGUAAAACAGAAUCAGAUGCCCAAAUGGUAUGACAAUUGUUAUUUGUGCAAUGCCAAUCGUUACCUAAGAGUAAGGAUUAAUUGUUAUAACGUUUAAUAUUCGAAGAUUUAUUUUAUACAUUUAUUAUAAUGAGUAUUUUUCUUUUUUUAAUAAUAUUAUUUUUAAAAUUAUAAAAUGGCAUUGUCGAGUUUAUAAACAUACUUAAAUGUUUACGUUUGUUCCAAAUUAAAUAUGAGACUUAAUUAGACUUUAGAUUAUUAUCUGGCUUUUGAUAAAAUAAUAAUAAACAAAUUGGUGGUAAUUUAGUUAACAUGUUUAAUAUUUUUUUAAAUUAUAAUAGUCAUACAAGGUGUUAUUGCUCAAUGUAUUAAUUAUAAACUGUUGAAUUUUAUAUUGUGAGCAUUGGAAACAUAUUUAAGAUGGAUUAUUUUUUUAUCGAAAUCUAGAUGCAUUUUGGAUUACGUUUUAAAAAUUUUAUUAUAGAAAAAAAAACAAAUAAUUUAAUCUUCGAUAUGAUAAGUAUUUUUGAGUAUAAAAAAAUAUAUAGAUGCGGUGAUAUAUAUUUUGUUGGUGAAAAAAAAGAGAAAAUAAGUAUAAUUGUUAGAUGAUAAAGUUAAAUUUAUUUAGUAUUGUACCUGUUGAAUUUAAUUUUAUUUCAUCAUUGUAAUACUUAUGGUCGAUGAUUUGACGUUGUUUUGAUGUCUGAUAAUUAUGUUAUAAUAGAACAUUAAUGUUAAUUUUACCAAUAAGUUAUUAUAAGAUUAAAUGAUAAUUGGACGAGUUUUAAGAUAUUAGAAUUUACGCCAAAAUAUUUCAUUGCAUUCAUAAAUCAUUUGUUUAAUUAUAGUUCGUUACAAUUAAAUUUUUUUUCAAUGCCAAAAUUUAGAUAAAACUUAAUAAUUAAUUGACUUUUUUUUCAAUACAUUUAUUUCAUUUGAGUAUAAAAUUACUCAAUUUUUUUUUUAUUGCAUAAUUAUUAAUUUAAAAAAUAAUUAUGAUUGUGAAUAAUUUGAGAUAUAAUUAAAUAUGUAAAGAUUGUACAUGGGAUUUAGUUAUGUGUAAAUUUUUAAAAAAUCAGUUAAUGUAUAUUAUUAAUUAUUAAUUAAUUGAUUAAUUAUUACGAUUGAAAUAUUAUAUUUUAAUGUCUAAUACAAUAAUUGACAUAAUUUACACUUAUAAUUAUAAAGAACGUAAAUAAGGUGAUAAUAUUUUUCUCUUCCUUUGCUCCAGAUAUUUUUAACGUACCGAGUCUUAAACUUUAGUUAAAAAUUAUUAUGACAAAUAAUAAUGAUAAUAAAUUAAAUUUAACUGAAGGUUGUUAAUUAAGUAUACAAAUGGAAAAAAAUCUAAUUACGGUCAAGGUAUUAAAAUAUUGAUAAUGUAUUGUACAGAAAAUUAUUAAAAAAAAAUAUUGUGCCUAUUAAAAUUUAAAUCAAUUAUUUAUAAUGAUCAUUAUUAAAUGUGAUUAAAGUUUUGUAAUUAUUUAAUUACAAGUUAUUAAAUAAAGCCUGACAUUUAAAAUA